UCGAAGAACGGCGACGAAGAUUUCUGAUUUGGCAGUUGCCAAAUGGCACCUCACAUUUUCUUCUGUUUGCGCGGCGAAGUGAAGAAAGAGAGAGAUUUCAGAUAAGAAGACCAAAACCACUGCGGAGGAAAAAUUCCCGCUCUCUUUCUUCUCUCUACAUCGCUUCUUCCAUAAGGUUUCUUCUCUCCACCUCCACUGUUUUUCUCCUCUCCUUGAUGCUACUCGCCCAUCUCUUCCGCAGCAUUUCUCACAAAUUUCGCAGAAUUCGUUUCUGCAAUCGUUUCGAAAUUAUCUGCUUUCUCGCCGGUUUCUGUGCGCGUGUAUGAUUGGAGGAGCUUCUCUGCAGAUGUUUUUAUUCCCAGCGGUGUAAAACUUUUUCCUUCGCGUACAAUACAUUUGCCUAGUCUCAAUGGUUUGCUCAGUUGGAAGUGUGAGAAUGGCGGUGAUGACAAGGCUUCUAGCUGCUGGGAGUUUCUCGCGAACUAUUGCAGAGGAAGCUGGUCAUCAGAAAUUAGCGUCUGAAUUUCUCUGCAGAGAACUUCGUGAUGCAGAUGAAGCAAAUUUAAUUGAUGAAGAAGAUAUGCACGUUUUUGGUUUGAAGCCCAUGACCGAUCCCCUGAAUUUGGUUUGCUGCAAUAUCUGUAAGAAGCCAGUAAAGGCCAGCCAAUACAUCAUUCAUUCUGAACUUUGCAGGUCAUUAAGUUUGGGACAAGGAGCUAUUAUGGACCUUGAUGGUGGGAUGGGCCAUAGAAAACACUCGAGGAAGGAGAGGAAAAAGUUAUUACCUGCUGAUGCUAAUAUAUCAGCUCUGGAGAAAGAAGGAUCUGAAUCAGCAUAUGCUGAUUAUUCUGCUGCAUCUGCAUUUCCAACUAAUAACCAAUUUGAAAUGGUCAAGUUAACAAAAAGAAAUACCUACAAUGUGGCGCCUAUACCAGAUGAUUUUACAGGAGUCUGUCCUGGUGUUGUAGAUCAUUCAGCUAGUUUGACACAUCCUUUCACAAAGCGGUCCAAAUUGAUAACUGGUGAAGGACUGUUACUGACAUCUGAUUUAGAGCCAUCGUCAGCUAAAGAAAAAAUUAGAUAUGUUCCGUUUCCUCUUGCAAGUAAAAUAUAUUACUCUCAAAGAAGUAAUCAUUUACGUUCGGCGCUUGGUUAUCUUUACUGGGAGGCUGUUGCAUCUAGCAAGGAAAUAUGUAAUACGGUGGAUCAUGAAAUGACGAAGGAAAAUGUAAAACAAUUUGAUAAUUCUUCUCAGGAGGAGUCGUCCCAAGAACAAACAAAUGAUAUUAUUGGAAAGAAGGGAAAACUUAAAAGAAAGUUACAUCACGAACAUCAGAUGGAUAGUCAUUCCUUAACCUCUGCAUUGAAACCUGACAACAAUCUGGCCAUAUUCUCAUCUGGGAAAUGUCUGCCUGCCGGUGGUGCCUCAAAUCAGUUUGUUGUUGGCAGCAGUGUUGCAUGGCCACAGAUUGCUCCAGUUGAAUUGACACAGAAAAAACUAUCCACCUAGACGGCUAGUCCUAACUAUUUUGAAGAUAUUUCAGGCAAACCAUUGUAGACUAGGCAACAGCCAAGCGGAAGUGUCCUUGUUGUAUAGAAGUCUUGGUGGCACGUUUUUGUAGGCACAGUGGUAUAUGUAAUUAACCCUAAACUUGAGGUUAGGACCAUAAACCUUGUUUUUGAUAUUGGCAAUGAAAAUCAUUUGAAAUUGUUCAUUCUA